GUCGCCAUGUCGCUCUUCGUGGACAAGCACCGCCCGAGGGAGCUGCAGAAGCUCGACUACCACCCAGAGCUGUCGGACCGGCUCCGGGCCCUCGCACAUGGCGACUUCCCGCACACGCUCUUCUACGGCCCGUCCGGCGCAGGCAAGAAGACCCGCAUCAUGGCGACCCUGAGGGAGCUCUUUGGCCCUGGUGUCGAGAAGAUCCGCAUCGAGCAGCGCACCUUCCUCACGCCCUCGAAGCGCAAGCUCGACGUCAACAUCGUCCAAUCGAACUACCACAUCGAGCUCACGCCGAGUGACCUCGGCAACUUUGACCGCUCGGUCGUCCAGGAGGUGCUCAAGGACAUCGCCCAGACGCAGCAGGUCGACCUCAACGCCCGCAAGCGCUUCAAGGUCGUCAUCAUCAACGAGGCGGACGGCAUGUCGCGCGACGCCCAGUCGGCCCUGCGCCGUACGAUGGAGAAGUUCACGUCGAGCCUGCGCAUCAUCCUGUGCGCCAACUCGACGUCCAAGAUCAUCGGCCCGAUCCGCUCGAGGUGUCUGCUCCUGCGCGUCGGCGCGCCGACAGAGGGCCAGAUCGACCAGGUCCUGCAGCAGACGGCGCUCAAGGAGGGCUUCGACGUCCCGCAGCACGUGUCGCUCCUCCUCGCGCGCAUCUCGUCGGGCAACCUGCGCCGCGCCCUCCUGUCGUUCGAGGCCCUGUACACGCAGGACCCGCAGUGGAAGACGAUCAAGCCUGACCACUCGCUCCUCAAGACGGGCAAGCAGGACCAGCGCGACAUCGACACGGUGCCGCGGCCCGAUUGGGAGAAGUACGCGGCCAAGGCGGCUGAGCGCAUCUUGGGCGAGCAGUCGCCCGAGAGGCUGCUCGAGGUGAGGGGCAUGUUCUACGAGCUCCUCGUGCACUGCAUCCCGGCGACGCUCGUUCUCUCGACCAUCACUUGCCGGCUCCUCGACCGCGUCGACGAGCUCAUCAAGGCCGACGUCGCGUACUGGAGCGCGUUCUACGACCACCGCCUGCGCCAGGGCAGCAAGCACAUCUUCCACCUCGAGGCUUUCGCCGCCAAGAUCAUGAUGAUACACAAGAACCACCUCCUCGGCUUCACGGCCUAGUCGUCGCCCCCUCGCAGUUCCCGUUUGUCCUGUCGCUCGUCUCCCUCGCGGCGCCGAGCUGUGCUUGUACGAGCCUCGCCGUGUCUGUAGUGUGCAACCACCGCCCAGCUUUUUCCUCGU